AUGAACAACAAUGUUAACACCGAAGAGAGGAAACUCUUCAAGGAAAACUUUGACUCUUUUGAUGUUAACGGAGAUGGACGGCUAGACAUUAAAGAGCUAGCCACUGCUCUUAGGUCUGUAGGCUUCCACCUCACACAAAAAGAUGCAGAGGCAAUUCAUGCUCAGGCAGAUAGAGAUGGUUCAGGUUACAUCGAAUAUGCUGAGUUUGAAAGACUCAUUGUCGCUCAUAUGAAAGAGCCUUAUACCAAAGACGAGCUGAUCGAAGCUUUCAAUAUUUUUGAUGAGAACAAAUCUGGAAAAAUCUCAGCACAAGAGCUCAAAAAUGUAUGAAUGCAGGCAGGAGACAAAAUGAAGGCAAGCGAACUUGAAGAAAUUAUCCAAGAAGCUGACAUUAACGGAGACGGGGAGUUAGAUAUUUCCGAGUUUUCCAAUAUGCUUCUUUCCGGCCAAAAGCACAUGUAG